AAAGACUAUCUCUUUUUAAGGCUGCCUCACCAAGCUUUUUUUCCUUCAUUUCUUUUGUGAAUAUGGAUAGCCUCCUUCUCUGUGUGAUGGCAUAUGAUAGGUAUGUGACAAUAUGCUACCCUUUACAUUAUACCACCCUAAUGAAUUCUCACCUCUGUGUCCAGCUGGUGGCUGGACUCUCAGUAGUUACCUAUCUUUAUGCUCUUCUACACACUGCCCUAAUAGCAUGUCUGUCCUUCUGUGCCUCCAACAUCAUCCCUUAUUUCUUCUGUGAUCUCAACUCACUCCUGCAGCUCUCUUGCUCUGAUAUCUCCUUCAGUGUGGUGGUCAUUUUUACAGUGGGAAGUCUAUUGGCUCUCACACCCCUUAUCUGCAUCCUCAUAUCUUAUGGAUUUAUCUUCUCUACCAUCCUGAGGAUAACUUCUACUCAAGGGAAGCAGAGAGCUUUUUCCACCUGUGGCUACCACCUGUCGGUGGUCGUGCUGUCCUAUGGCACAGCCAGUACUUUUUCCUUCAGCCUCAGCCCCUUCUCUUUUCAUAUCCCUGAGAGGGACACUCUGUCAGCCAUCAUAUAUACCAUGGUGACUACGCUGCUGAAUCCUUUCAUCUACAGUCUAAGGAAUAAGGAUAUGAAGAGAGCACUUCAGAAAAUAUUUUGUAAGGGCAGAGUCUUCUUUCAAAAAUCAUGA